AUGGCCCACGAGGACCUCAUCUUCCACCUGGAGGGCGUUGGCGGCAGUCGGACCCCCGGGGCCGGCCGUGACGGGGACUCGGACCCGGACAGCGAGGACGAGGAUGGCUACCGCCUCUGGCCCCUCACCGAGGCCCCCGGGCCGCUCCGGCGUGGCCCGGGCGAGGCCGCCGACCUCUGCGGCGCCCUGAGGAGCAGCCCGCAGCCCGGCCAUGCCGCCCCGGGCAGCGCCUUCCGCGUGCGGGAGGCGUGGAAGCAUGCCAUCGAGAAGGCCAAGCACAUGCCCGACCCGUGGGCGGAGUUCCACCUGGAGGACAUCGCCUCCGAGUGCGCCACACGUCACAGGUACAACGCCGUCACCGGCCAGUGGCAUGAGGACGAGGUUCUGAUCAAGAUGGCCGCUCAGCCCUUCGGCCGCGGCGCCAUGCGGGAGUGCUUCCGGACGAAGAAGCUGUCCAACUUCCUGCACGCCCAGCAGUGGAGGGCGGCCUCCAACUACGUGGCCAAGCGCUACCUGGAGCCGGUGGACCAGGGCGUGUACUUCGAGGACGUGCGCCUGCAGAUGGAGGCCAAGCUCUGGGGGCAGGAGUACAACCGGCACAAGCCCCCCAAGCAGGUGGACAUCGUGCAGAUGUGCGUGCUGGAGCUGAGGGACCGGCCGGGCGCGCCCCUCUUCCACCUGGAGCACUACAUCGAGGGCCAGUACACCAAGUACAACUCCAACUCGGGCUUCGUGCGCGAUGACGCGCGCCUCACGCCGCAGGCCUUCAGCCACUUCACCUUCGAGCGCUCCGGCCACCAGCUGAUCGUGGUGGACAUCCAGGGUGUGGGCGACCUCUACACCGACCCUCAGAUCCACACCGAGAAGGGCACCGACUUCGGAGACGGCAACCUCGGGGUCCGGGGCAUGGCGCUCUUCUUCCACUCCCACGCCUGCAACCGGAUCUGCAGGAGCAUGGGCCUCACGCCCUUCGACCUCUCGCCGCGGGAGCAGGACGCAGUGGACCAGAGCACCGCGCUGCUGCAGUCCGCCCAGACCCUCCUGCGGGGGACGGAGGAGAAGUGCGGGAGCCCCCUCGCCAGCAGCCUCUCCGGGGCCCGGCCGCCCCUGCGCCUCCGCCUGUCCGAGAACUCCGGGGACGAGAGCGUGAGCGACGCGGCCUGGGACUCGCUCUCCUCCUCCCCGUGCUCCGCCACGCCGCACAGCCAGAAGCCGGAGCCGCCCCACUGGCCCGUGUUCAGCGACUUGGACGGUGUGGCUCCCCGAGAUCACGACCAGCCGGACGACCAGCCGGACAACCACCGGGACUCGGAGAACAGCGGGGACAGCGGCUACCCCAGUGAGAAGCGGGGCGAGCUGGACGGGCCGGAGCCCCGGGAGCGGGGCCACUCCAACGGCAGCCAGAGGUCCGAGUCAGACGAAGACAGCCUGGGCAGCUGCGCACGGGUCUGUGUGGAGAAGUGGAGCCUCCUUAACCCCGCCCGCCUCCACCUGCCCAGGCCCUCCGCCGCGGCCCAGGAAGUGCGCAGGCUUAGUGCCCUGGACCUCGGCCUCAGGAUCGGGAAGUCCGUGCUGGGGAAGGUCCACCUGGCCCUGGUGCGCUACCACGAGGGCGGGCGCUUCUGCGGGCAGGACGGGGCCUGGGACCGGGGGUCGGCCCUCUUCCACCUGGAGCACGCCGCCGACCUGGGCGAGCUGGAGGCCAUCGUGGGCCUGGGGCUCCUGUACUCGCAGCUGCCGCACCACAUCCUGGCCGAGGUGGCCCUGCAGGAGACGGAAGAAAACAAGACCAAAGGAUUCGAUUACUUACUGAAGGCGGCUGGAGCUGGCGACAGGCAGUGCAUGAUCCUGGUGGCACGGGCUUUUGAUACCGGCCAGAACCUCAGCCCAGACAGGUGCCGGGACUGGCCGGAGGCGCUGCACUGGUACAGCUCCGCCCUGGAGAAGUCGGACUGCGACGAGGGCGGGGGGUACGACGGGAUGGCGGACGAGCCGCGGUACGCGCUGCUGGCCCGGGAGGCCGAGAUGCUGCUGGCGGGCGGCUUCCGGCUGCCCAGCGACCCGCAGAGAUCAGGCGACUUGUACACCCAGGCGGCCGAGGCAGCGAUGGAGGCCAUGAAGGGUCGGCUGGCCAGCCAGUACUACGAGAAGGCGGAGGAGGCCUGGGCACAGAUGGAGCAGUAG